UAAAAAUUGAAAUUUGGUCAGUAUCUGUAACUGUGUUCAAAUGUGUGGCAAAAUCUUUGUUCAAAUAUCUGUCUGUGUGUGUCGCCGGCAUAAUACUACGGAGGGCAUAUGACAUAAUAUUGACAUAAUUUACGGUACCUAUCGAAAUGACAAUAAUAAUUUAAUAUCAUUACAUAUUCCUCGACAUUUUAAGAAAAAUCCAUAAUGUAGUAUCGCUAAAAACUCCACGACAUUUUAGGAAAAAUGCCAUAAUAUAGUAACAUUAUUAUGUAUAAUUCAACAAAAUAUACUAAAGCUUAAAAACAUAGCGAACAUUAAUAUGUUUUCAAACUGGAAAAUAGUCCGUGCAACGUUUACUCCGUUGUACAAACAAGGAAUCGUGAUGACACGCCGGGCGAAAACAAGUGCAUCUUCUGGGUCUGGUGAUGGGAAGAAAGGCGAUGAACUCAGCAUAAUCUGUCCGUGUUGCGCAUGUCCAAGUGAUUACAAUCCAUCCACUCCGACAAUCUAUAACAGUCGAAAAUACGGACACUCUCUACCUUCAAAUGAUGUCAUGCCUCCCUUCGAUCCUAUACCAAACGUGCCUACAGGAAUAUUCAGAUGCACGGCCGGAGAGAUACUCGGAAAAGGUGCUGAUAAAUGUGGGAUGUACCAAUGUCCAGAAUAUUUCUCGUAUCAACACAUGACUUACUACGAUAUGCAUUUGAUUCUACGAGCGGUCCGAAGGCCUAGUGCUAACACGGGAAGAAAACCAUAGCAAAUUGUUUUCCUGUAAUACAAUAUUAUA